GUAACCCGGAAGCAUUCGUAUUAUUUUGAACCGCGCCAAAACCGGUUCGAACUGCCUUCGUUUCCUUUUGAUCUAGGCUAGGUCUGGAUUCGUCAUUGUGACAAGUUUCCUUCAAUAUAGUACAGACAUGGCACAGACAGACCAGGACGUUCCCUCUUUCAAAUUGGUCUUGGUGGGUGAUGGGGGUGUUGGCAAGACCACAUUUGUCAAGCGUCACAAAACUGGAGAAUUUGAAAAGAAAUAUGUUGCCACACUGGGAGUAGAAGUACAUCCUCUUGUUUUUCACACUAGCAGAGGACUGAUCAAAUUCAAUGUGUGGGACACAGCAGGUCAAGAAAAAUUUGGUGGACUCAGAGAUGGUUAUUAUAUUCAAGGUCAGUGUGCCAUCAUUAUGUUUGACGUUACGUCCCGUGUCACCUACAAGAAUGUACCCAACUGGCACAGAGAUCUGGUCAGAGUGUGUGAGAACAUCCCAAUCGUUCUAUGUGGAAACAAAGUCGACAUCAAAGACAGAAAAGUCAAAGCCAAGACAAUUGUCUUUCACAGGAAAAAGAAUCUUCAGUACUACGACAUCAGCGCUAAGAGCAACUACAACUUUGAGAAACCUUUCUUGUGGCUGGCCCGCAAACUUGUCGGAGACCCCAACCUGGAAUUCAUUGAGAUGCCUGCCCUUGUACCACCAGAAGUGCAAAUGGACGCUGCCUUGGCCCGCAAAUACGAGGAAGAAUUCAGAGCAGCACAAGAGACAGCUUUGCCAGAUGACGAAGAUGAAAUUUAGACUGCAGCAAUGAUGGGGGACAUUUUAUUUGGUUUUUUAGAAACUUUUCAUUCUCUACAGACAUUGUUUUUUUUUUUUUUUUAUAAACCUUGUACAGUAGCACUCAUUGUCUUCAGUUGUAUUGGUUAAUAGAGACUGUUUUGCUCUUUGGUUUUAGUCUGUGAAAUUGGAAGCUGGAAGCCUGUGAAUGUUUGCUACAAUAUGUAGGUUUCCCAUGUCUAGGACGAGAAACUGAGCAAUAUUUUGAUGAACAACUCUUCUGUUAAUGUCACUGUUUUUCUCCCCUUUGUUUGUGAAUAACCAGUUGUUCCCUGGGGAUGAGGGUGCAGCACUGUGCUAUUUAUUUUUACACUUUCUUUUGUGUCCAUGUCCAGGGGAACUGCAGGGGACUGGCACGUUGAUCACAGUGUGCUUCAUUGUCAUGGAGUGUGUGACAAAGAAGCACACUCAACUUUCUCAAGUAUAGAUUACUGCAGUACAUUUUCUCACAUGACCACUAGUGCAUUGCUUUCUUACCACAUCAUCGGGGGUUGGGGACACUGCUUAUCAUGGAUGCCGCUUGAGCGUCCUGACAUUUCCAAAACAUUUGAUCAAUCUGUCGAUGUUGUACUCAUGCCAUUGAAUAAACAUUUGAAACUUU